AUGGUUUCCCGCCCUUUUGCGACUCGAGACAGCCCUACUGACUCGGGAUACGAGUCAAGUUCACCCGCUAGGAAUACGAUUAGACAACGCUUGCUCAAAUGCAAUCUCUCUGACUCCGAUGCACUGCGAUAUGACCUAUGUGAUUUCGACCCUGCCUUGAUCAUCAGACCCCAUUCAGCUUUGGCAAUAAGAUGCCGGUAUGAUGGCCCUUCGGACGAAGAAAUUUUCCCUUCAACUGCCACUACGUUACCCCGUUCGAGGCCACGCUCAUUUUUCCGCCGAUGGACCUUGUUGAAAACAUUCGAUAGCCAUUCUAGCCUGUCAUCUACUGACUCUCGGAGGUCUCCGGACAGAUUUCUUCCGGCACGAAGAUCCAGCGUAGAUUUUACAACUCAUACCUUCCAUGCCCACAAAGACCCCCGUACUCUAACCGCCGAUGAAAAGCUACUCCGGCAUAAGGAUGCUAGCCCUGAUGCUUUUAGUCCCACUAGAAAAGCAGCGUCUUCAACACCCGAAGCGAGCCGUGCCAUACCCCGACGCAACACUUCUGGACGUCGGAGGGGUGGUACGGGGCCCACUACUCUUACAUUUCGCCAAGAAGCUCCAGGACCUAAUGGCGAGCGUCAGGUGAGUGUUGGCACCGUAUGGACUGUUGGAGGGCUAGCUCCAUCUAUCACAGGGGUUUCGGAUGGUCGAGGGGGUCAGUUUGGAAAUGGGACCAACGCACCUCUAUACACCACCUCAUUUUCUGCUGCGAAACAGAUACAGCAGGAAGACAUAAACAAGCACGAGGGCCGACUUGCAGAAGCGCUCGAACUGGACAGAAUAUCACGAGUUCUUGAAUUUCGAGAACCUCCGCCUUCACCGCAGCGUCCAGCAAUAAGUAGCACAUGUACAGAAAUCAGAGUUAAGCCGAGGACUAUUUGGAAUGGAACAGAAUGGGUGACGAAUGGGGCUGAAUAUAAGCCUCAGAUAAUACCGGAGCCACGGACUCUGCUAAGCGUGCCGUUCAAAGUUCUCAAUGCUCCAAAUCUCCGAGACGAUUUCUAUUGUUCGGUUUUGGCUUACUCGCCCACCAGCCACACACUCGCUGUUGGCCUCGGCUCAUAUCUUUAUGCGUGGUCGGAGAUACGCGGCGCGCAUCUUCUCCAUGGCGUGGAUCCCGCGGGUCCGUGGCUCACUUCUCUCGCAUUCUCCUCGGUUCAAGGAUGCAAAUGUAUUCUUGCCUUCGGCAAAUCAGAUGGCUCACUAGGUCUGAUGUCUCUCUAUGAUACAAUAUUACCACGCUUCGAAGUUCAGCAGCCCCAUUCCAUUGCGUGUGUUACUUGGAAACCAACAACUACACUGCGAGCUUCACGGUGUCCAAUAAUGCCUGGCAUGUUUGCUAGAACGGAAGACCUGCUUGUUGGCGAUGAACAUGGAAGUGUUUACUAUUUCUCUGUCGAAUGGCCACAUCCUUCAGAGGUAGCUGCUACUGGCUGGUCUGGGUCCAUGGCUCUACUUCUUCGAAUCUCUGCUCAUACGCAGCCGAUUUGUGGGAUGGCAUUUAACUUGGAUGGCAGCUUGUUUGCCACCGGAGGAAAUGAUAAUACCUGCUGUCUAUUCCAGACGAGCAGCGUCAUGCGUAAUAUAUCCCAGAACCCCGAAAAUGUAGAAGAAGUGUUGGUUGGCGGUGAUGAAAUCCACCAUAUCUAUACGUUUUCCGGGCUAAGACGGGUGAACGAAAUCAGAGCGGGAGCUGAAAAACACAGAUGGCUUCAUGGAGCUGCCGUCAAAGCCAUUGCCUUUUGCCCAUGGCGCGAAGGACUUGUUGCUACUGGUGGCGGAAGUAAUGACAAAGGCAUUCACUUCUUUCAUACAUCCUCUGGAGCUUGUCUUGCGACUAUCAGUGUCUCUGCUCAGGUAACCUCGUUGAUCUGGUCCACUACUAGACGAGAAAUUGCAGCUACAUUCGGUUAUACUGAUCCAGAUCAUCCAUAUCGAAUAGCCGUGUUUUCUUGGCCUGAAUGCAGACAAGUCGCCGCGAUUCCCUGGCAAGGGCAGCACCGCGCUUUGUGCGCAGUAUCAUAUCCUGGGGGCCCAGACGAGAGCCAGACCAGUGCAGAGGGCGACCGGAUAUUGACUCGCACUGCCAAAGAAGGAUGCAUUGUGGUGGCUUCAAGUGACGAGAGUAUCAAAUUUCAUGAGGUUUGGACUACCCCUCAAAAGGCUACUUCUAGUGGUGAGGGGUUUCUUGGGGGAAGUGAUAUUCUCGAAAGUUUGGAGGGGAUUGAUAAAGAAGGGGACAUUAUCAGGUAA